AUACAUACAGACCCACACUCGCACACACACACACACACACAUUGUCACGUCUGCUGAGCUGCGCAUUAAGCACUUUUUAAUUAAUAGACGCUCUGUCAGUAGUCCAGACACUGCCGCUCUGGGCGCAGGCACAGUGGCUCAGUGGCUCAGUGGCUCAGUAUUUGCUCAGACAUCGCGAAGAUGUGGCGCAACGGCAGCGAACUAGAACCAGAAAUCAAAUUGAGCUAAGCAGAGAUUGGCUUCAAUUCCAUUCAGCCAUUCAGCCAUUCAGCCAUUCAGCCAUUGAGUACGCCAUGUGCUGGUGCGCACGUGUCUAUUGGACGGUUCUGCAGAAUUUGUUCGCGCGCUUCUACAACAGCCUCACAGAUCGCAACUGCGCCGGUGGUUAUCGGCGGAGCUGCUGUGUCUGCUGCGGCAGCUACAGGCGCCAGUCCGGUGACGGUGACGGCGACGGCGACGCCGACGACAACAGCGACGCGGACAAACAAGUUUCAGAAUCGAUCGUUGAUGACGACCUGCCACGAGCAGCACCACACGAUUAUGUCAUAGUGGAUGAAGCCGAUGCCAACUAUGUGGAGAUCGAGCAGCGUCAAAUCGAAACCGAGCAAUAUUACUUCACCGUGGACCGCAGCAUGGCCGAGCGCAUGCUCUACCAGCGAGAGGACGGCGCCUGUCUGGUGCGUCCCUUCAAGGCGACGGACGUGUGCAUCAAGUACAUCGUGAGCAUCUGCGCGGGCGGUCUCUAUUAUCACCUGUUUGUGCGGCAAAUCGAUAAGCGCCAGCGAUUCGCCAUUGGCCAGUGGAAGCCGCACGAGCGCCACUUCAGCUCGCCCUGCGAGAUCAUUGAGUUCUAUGCGGAGCACCCGCUGCUCUGCACCAACAAGGAGCGCAGCCAGAGCGUGCGACUGAAGCCCAUCAGCUAUGCCUAGGCUGAAUAUCGACGUCUAAUGCUUAGAGUUUAGGCUAUG